CCCGCUCUCUAUGGUUCCCCGCCGCCUAGAGGCGGCUCCGCGCGGGCCGGAGGCCGCUUCCUGUUCUCGCUGGUCGGCGCUUCCGGCUGGGCCUGGCCCCGGGGAGAAGCGGAGGGGCCGGGCCGGGCCGGCGUGGGGAGCGCAGCGGCUUUUCAGCACCGUGAGAGCCAGGCCCCACCGGGGGUCUUUCUGGAUUUCCCACAAUGGUGUCAGUUACAAUGGCUACAUCCGAGUGGAUUCAGUUCUUUAAGGAAGCUGGCAUUCCUCCAGGCCCUGCUGUCAACUACGCAGUUGUGUUUGUGGAUAACAGAAUCCAGAAGAACAUGCUGCUGGACCUGAACAAGGAGAUCAUGAAUGAGCUAGGGAUCACGGUGGUGGGGGAUAUUAUCGCUAUCCUCAAGCACGCUAAAGUUGUUUACAGACAGGAGAUGUGCAAGGCCGCUACUGAAUCGGUGUCCUCCAACCAGCCCAGUAUGCAGUCAGAGCUCCGCAGGAACGCCACCAGCGCCGCCACCCGUAUGAUCGCUAACAGCUUAAGCCGAGAUUCGCCACCUGCCACCCCUGUCCGAAGACCUGACACCAGUACGUCCAAAAUCUCUGUUACCGUGUCCAACAAAAUGGCUGUGAAGAAUGCAAAAGCAGCGUUAUGCGAUCCAGCGGACGAGAGCCUGGUGGGCCCGGUGAAACGACGGCGAGUUACAGCGGAGAUGGAAGGGAAGUACAUCAUCAACAUGCCAAAAGGUACCACGCCCAGGACUAAGAAAAUCCUGGAACAGCAGGCAGCAAAAGGUACCCCUGGUGUGCCCAGGACGUCUGUGUUUGACCGGCUGGGAGCUGAGAUGAAGGCAGACACAACCACAGGGAAUAAGCCGACAGGGGUCUUCAGCCGACUGGGGGACGCGCUGGAGGCGGAGGAGGACAAAGCCACGGAGAGUGACGACGACUGCUCCGUCCUGCAGUAUGCUGGGGUCCUGAAGACGCUCUCCAAGCCUUUACGCAAGGAACGUGCCCAACCAGGAGUAACCAUCAAAGCAAAAGCCACGAGCUCGGAGGCAAAACCAGCUGUGACGACCAUUCGGCGACUUGGCAACAAGAGCUCCAGCCUGGCGGUGAAGGAAAAGAAGCCGGAAUCAGCGUCCAAAGUCAGCGUCAUCCAGAGACUGGGCAAGCCCUCCCUGCCCACCGAGGCCCAGGACAGCAGCGUCACCAGCACGAAGAACAAGGCUGCGCCGCAGUUCAGGGUCACGCUAAAGAGGACUUUGGGUAGCGCGAAGGUUCUUGCCUGUAUCUAGGAAGUAGCAUCUCGAGGUCUCCGUACAGAGAUAAUACGGAGCGGGGACACUGUGCUGGAACUCUUGAGCCUAAGAGGGUUUCCUAGCAACCUAUAAAACCAAACGGAAGGGCUCCAGCCUGUUUGAAUGUUGUCAGUCCAAGAGUAUUAAUCUGAGCCCACGGGAGAUGUCUCUUCUCCUUCCUCCUCACACCUGCUCUUGUGCAAACAUUUCUGAGUCCCUGUGCUAGCAUCACUCCAUCUGCCUCGGCCAGUACAGCAUUACACUUGUAUUCCAGGCAUGCGGUUCCCCCCGCAUCUGGGCAGAUCUCGCACUCUGAGUGCGGCAUGGAUUCAAACAGGUCCGUGGGCAGCUCCAGAGUCUGCCAGGAACAUGCUAAGAGUAUGCGUGGCCUGGAUUGGUUUGGCCAGUUCAAGAAGAAAUAUUUUGUUUGUGGGGGAUGGGGAGAUAUUUUGUUCAGACUUCAGUGGCCAGUUGCCCUCAGGUGUAAAAGAAGCACAGUUCUGCCCAGGGCCGGCUUUCUCUUGGGAUUUCCCAGCUCAGAGUCAAUCGGCCUCGUCCCCAGAGGCUAGAUACUGGCGUUGCUUUCCAGGAGGCAGCAUAACUGCCCUCUCCUGACGGGAUUUCAGCCCCCUCGUGCUGCGAGGUUUGGUUUUGGGUGGCACAGAGAUUCAGCAGUGAAGUAAUUUUGCACAUGGCAGAUGUCUUGGCUUGAUUACUUCUCAGCUUCUCUGUCCCCAGGGCAGGCAACAGGCCUUGCUCCCCUUCCUAAAAGGCAGGACUCCUUUGUGUAGGGAGACUAGCCCAUUGUCAGCCUGGGACAGGAGCCAGGGUCACUCCCAUGCUGUGUGGUGGCCCCCGUGCCGAGUGGACACGUGUCUGUAUCAAAGAGCCACCGGUGCAGUUGGUGCUGUCACUCCUGGGGACGCCUGUGCAGAGAGGCUGAGGGCUGAGUCCUGACAGCAAGCUCCUCUCUCCUCUCUAGGGCAGAAUAUAGCAUACGGCAGGGGCAGCUUGUCCUGUUCCGUGGGGAGUCGUGGGCUGUCAGGCUGUGGGCCGGCUGGUUCAGAGGGCUCUGUUUGUGCUCCCGUCUUCCCCUCACGAAAAGGGGUUGCUCCUCCCAAGUACGGACGGGGUUUAAUGCCUGUCAGGCUAGCUGGGCAGCUGUGAGGAGUUCCCAGACAAAGCUUGGCGGUGUGCCGAGAGGGGUUCCCUGCGGGAGCCCCAGACUAAGGUGGUCACAUGCAGCCCACAGACCUGGAGCGUGGCAUGCAGCCGCACUCCUCCACCCUCCGCUGGUGAGUGCUGCACGAUAUUCGGAUAAGGAGCCCUAGGUCCGUGCUAAGUGGGUUAUCUUGCUAAAGAGAGUGGACUGGCCCCAGCCGUCUUGGCUGGGAGCGUCUGCGGGACGUGGCACCGGAGCAAAGAUGAGUGGCUGCUGUUGGCCUCCUUACCAACUGAUUAAAUGCGGUGGUCGCUGUGGACCACCUGUGCCCUAAAACCAGGGCUGUGUUAGCCUGCCACGUCGGGUGGCUUCAGGUCUCUGUGUGUUGGUGCUGAGCCGAGGCGCUGGCCUGAAGGACUGACUGUUAAUCCAAACAACAAUUCUUCCUUCUUUUAUCUACUGUUCUUAAGCCAAACCGCAGGUUUAAUGUCUCUGGUUUAGGUCUCCUCAGGAGAUCCUGUCCCUUUUUUUGCUGUGGGUUUACUGCAGCCCUUUAGCUUGUCUAGUUUAGAAUCGGUUUUUAAGUGGUUGCCUGUAUUGGCCUUUCUGUUUGUUCUGAAGCGCUGACUUUUCUUGUGACACCCGCUUUGCAGGUGCCGUCGGCUUUAAAACACAAGUGUUCUGCUGGGGGACUCUUUGCUGCAGGCUGUUUCUGAGGGGAGGGGAUGGGGUCAUUGGAUCCAAGAAAGGGAAGUUUGGGUGUGUCCUCCCCCCGCCCCCCCAAGACACAAUAGGAAAGUUGGCAUAACCCAUUUCUGGGGGGUUUCGUCGUGCUUUCGAAAGGAGGGGUCCGUGUUCUGAAUGUUUUUAGACUAUUCGAGGCAAAACACUUUUUUUAAGGAGGAGAAUGAAAUCUGCGCACAGGCUACGUUGUGCAGUCAGCCGCCGGGAGGUGGUAGAGAUUUCUGUAAUGCACUCAGGGCACAUGCCGGGAUUCUUCAAGGAUUUGACAUGCUGUUGCAAUAAAGCAUAAAAAAAGCCAUACUCCUCUCACCCCUCCUUGGGCUUUAAUGGAUCUCUGCUGCUCGGCAAUCCCUCUGGUUGCGUUUAAAGCAAGAUUCAUGGUCUGGGGUCCUGUGCGGCUAGGGAUAGUACUGUCGACCUACUCAGCACCUCCAGAGCCUCAGUGUGAAAAGGGCUGCACAGCGGUGGAUGUUACCCUCCCACUCCCUCUCGCAGAUAAACUGCUACCCAGAGUGCAGCGGUGACCUGCCCAAGGAAGGGCCCUGGCAAAUCUGGGGGCGGGGGCAGGGACCGGGGUCCUAGGCCCAGGUUGAGAUAUCCGGCUCUUGCUCCUAGAGACUAACCCGCCCCCUCCUGCCCAGGAUGCUCAAAACGUUUUACCCCUAGCAGUUGUGCGGGGGUGGGGGGUUGUGCUUUAUUGAACAGGUUUUCCAUUGACUGUGCUCCCUGGGCCAAAACUACCACGCCGUUGCCCACCAGCGUGCGUGAGACUCGUCUCCUCCGGCGCCUGGCAAAAGAAAAUCCGAGGGUUUUAAUUAACACUUGUCCUCCUGCUCCUGCUCUUCGCCAGAUCCCCCAGCAAGAAGGGAGCGUUCUGAGCAGCUGGUGUGACCUGUCUAACCCACCUGCCCUCACAGCUGUUGCUCCAUCCUUCCCGCCCUGUGCUGCUUUCACUCAGCGAGCUCUUUACCGAGAAUGUUGCUGAGUUCUGCCCCUCUCUUCCCCUGCGGGGGAGGCUGCCUUCUCUGCUUCCUGUGCCAAGGGGUAGGGUAGCAGUGCUGGUAAGCAUCUGCUGUGUCCCACCCUGCCCUGGGGCGAGGAAGGGAUGUAUGGAAUAGAUACUGUCAAGUGUGUAGGAUGCUACCCAAGAAUUGUGAUGUGUUGCAACUGCACUGUAGCAAACACUCCUACAUGGGAUCCCUAGGCUGAUUUCA